ACAAUAUCCCACAAUGCCACGCGGAGAUGAUGUCACGUUAAAAUGGCGGCCUCUGCCGUUAACGUGGAAAAUGUCAAAAAGUUACUCGAGGACAGUCUGCUCAAACUCGGAUUUGAAGUGUACACCUUGAAGGUAGGUUGGUACAACUCCGUGCUGCCCACCAAGCUUCAGCUGCCGUACCCGAAUGACAGCUUGGCCGUGGUGCUCCUCAGCACUCCCGCCAUGUUCGAGCAAGCCUUCCUUCCCUUCAUGGAGGAGAAAGGAUGCCAAGGGCUUUCUGACCCCAUUGACCAGUGUGUUAAACAUUGUGUCACCUCUGCUCUCACUCAGAACUUUCCCAGACAGAAGGUGGAUGUGAGUUACGACUACGAGCUGCUGCCCAGCAGAAAGCCCAAAUUCUUAGCGCAGACCGCCGCACACGUGUCAGGAGCGGCUUUCUACUACCAGCAGUCCGACGUCAGCGACCAACCCUGGGCUAACAAAAAGAUGUUCGGUGUGUGCGUGCAUCCCAAAUUGGGAGGCUGGUUCGCCAUCCGAGCUCUGCUGGUGUUCCAAGACGUUAAAAUGGACCCAGAGGAGCUCCAGCCUGCCCCUCCAGACUGCGUGCCCUCCAGGGAGGACAGGAUUCAGUUGCUGGAGGAUUUCAACUUGCGGUGGCAGGAUUGGAGCUACAGGAACAUCAUCACUCCUUCGCAGACUUACUCGCAGAAACAGAAGGACUACUUCGCCACGCCGCCUGCCCAGCGACCUGCUCUCCUCAGGAGUUGGGGUCUCCUGCCAGAGUUGGAUGACACUCGCUCUCACAGCCCGGAGGAUCACGCUCAGGUGUCUAGCUGAAUGAUGGAGGGAUCAGGAAAAAUCUACCUCAGGACGGAUCUUGAUCUCGACAGGCUUCCUCUUCCUGUCUCCUCCUCGCCAAACACUUCCCUGACACUUCCUGACCCCGUCACGUCAACCCCAUCCUUCUCUGUCACCCGCCCACUUGCAUCCUUUGACACUGAUGCAUGAGCUUCUUACAUGAAAUUUACAAUGUUAGUACUCUCUGUUGUUACAAUUCGCCUAUCGUCUCACGUGAAGAUGGAUUUUUUUUUUAUUUAACGUGAUUCAAACCCAACAAUCGCGAUGAUAGCGUUGCGCAACAAACUUAAUUGACAACCUUUAAUGGACUUUUACUGCAGCUGUAUUGGAAUUCGAUGCAGGUUUAAGGAGCAAUUCAAAUGUAAUGAGUUUGAUCCAAGGUUAUCAAACACUGCCCACAUCAAUACCACCUUGCGCCCACACACACACUUUAUUUGCAAAAUUUUAAUUCCAACUUGAUCAGCUCCAUCAACCUCGAUAAAGGAAGACCAAUAAUAGUGCUGGACGUUUUAAAAGUGGACUUUAGUGUGUGACAGAUAAGAGCGCUGACAAGUUGUGCAAAUGUCAAGGACAUUCCUGACAGCUUUUCCUGGCCUGACUGAUGGGAAGUGAGGAUAAAAACACACACACACACUUGGUGAAAAAGAAAGUGAUAAGGAAACUGGACCCCAUUAUGUCUGUUUAUCAGAGGUGGCAAAAGUACUCAGGCUUAUGUUUUUUAGAGGUAAAUACACGCUAGCUUUCAACGUUA